AUGCCAGCCAUCGACGUUACAGAUCCAAGAAGCAACGUCCCUGUGACGGAUGUCGGCGCCGCCGGGUCGGAUGUUUCCAAGAACAAGGUCAGACUGCCUGCACAUUGUGUCGCCACCGAGGCGUACAGUGACAAGAGCCCUGCCGUGACAGCCGCCCGGCCUAGCCAUGAAGAGGUUACACAUGCUAGGGAUCCGCUCCACGUAUUCGACAUUCCUUGGACUCACUCUCCGUCAACGUCAAGCGAUGCCACAGCAUCAAAGUCUCUACCAAACUAUAGAACGUACGUGCCGGGCCGGACAGUUCUGUACGCAGGAUUCAGUAGCGAUCAAGAUGUCAAUUUGCUACGGCAUUUGCCCUUCGACGAGACUCAAUCCUUCGGCACCGACAACUGGCGUGUGUGGAAGGCUUUUCCCCACGAGACUGCCCCUGCCUAUUUCACGUCCUAUCCAGAUUUCCUUCUCGACUGUCGCGGUGGAAUCUACGACCUUGAGAGCGUGGAGCGAAUGGUCCGCCCACACCAAGCUUCACUGAUGGACCUGUACUAUUCGUAUGUGCAUCCUCAAUACCCUAUCCUGGAGAGCCGGGAAACUCUGGAAAGAGCAAUCAAGGCCCGCUCGGUUCCGUCUUCACUCCUUGCUGGCAUAUACGUCGCAGCCACAUCAUUUCUCGACUGUCCCCCCGAGUUUUCUGUCCCACUCGAGGACAUGUACACCUUCAUCUUCAGAUCGGUGACUUUUGAAGGGAGGACCCCUUCAUUACGGACGAUCCAGGCCAUCCUCCUUUACAUGCAAUUACCACCGCUGAGGGUUCGGGAGCCCAAUCAUCCUGGAUUUUGGGCGUUAACAAGCCAGGCUGUGGCUCUCGCGCAAGACAUUGGUCUACACGUCGACCCCGGGAAUUGGAACAUAUCUCCAUCCGAGCGUAAAAUACGCCGGGUGUUGUGGUGGGCUACGUAUAUGCAGGACAAAUGGCUCGCACAUUGGCUCGGGAUGCCCAGCCAUAUCAAAAACGACCAAUUCAAUGUUGAACCGCUCAAUAUGGACGAUUUCAGCGAACAGUUGCAGAUUGAGCCUGCUUUAAGCCCAUCCGUCGAAGGGUUUGUGGAACUGACCUACUUGACCACCAUUUUAUCAAAUGUUCUCGAUAGCCUCUACACAGUAAGGCGUGGACCAGGCGCCAUGACACCAGCAGAAGUACUUUCGCAUGCAGGGAAUUGCCAAUCUCAACUACGUGAAUGGCAGUCGCAGCAUCAUGCUCUUCUGACACGGCCGAACAAAGUUAUCACUGACUACGUUCUUUUGCUGGCUUAUUAUGGCAUCGUUAUCUCCAUACAGCGAGCUCUGUUCUCAUGCGUAGGAGGGACCUCGUACUACGACAUCCAACGGGAAGGUCUGCUCUUCCACCAACUAUUUGCAGUCUUCGAAGAACUCCUUAAGCAAGAAUUCGAGGGUCUUUGGCUCAGUUAUUGUAAGCCAAACAUUGCUAUACUGGGUACUUUUAUGAUCACGGCUCUUCUUUCCAGCACGGAUGAUGAGGUCUAUCUCGCCCGCCGAUCAGCUUUGGACGAGUAUCGCGGCUUACUUGAUCUAAUGGCGGAGAGGUUGGAUUUUGCGGCACUCCCUCGUCUGCGCCUCAAUCUCCUCGUGGAACGCUUCUCCAGCAGUGACUCUGGAAUAGAUCCUGCAUUGAGGCAGAAUUGAUCUUGUUCUAAGGCCUAUGAAAGUGUCGGUUAUAUGAUAAUCGUAUGCUGUUGGGUAAAAAGAGCUACUAGAUAUCCUAGCAACGGAAAAUAACACGCAACACAGGGCAGAGUUUUCCAUGCUGACAGACGAUCCAUCCAUUGUCUCCC